AUGGCUUCUCGGUGGCCAGCUGUGGGGGCUUCCCUGCGUCGGAGGUCUCUCCAGAACCAGGAGCAGUUGGAGGAGAGCGAGGCCCUGCAGCCUGUAGCCGGCCACCCAGACACCUCCAGCGGGGCCCUGGGCUCCCUGUGCAGACAGUUCCAGAGGCGGCUGCCCCUGAGAGCAAACAAGGACGUGACUCACAAGGCCCCAGGGAUUCCUCCAAGACUGAAUCCGAGCCCUUUCCCGAGACCAAGUCAAGACUGUUCUUCGGCUCAAGACGCUGAUGGCUAA